AUGUUUAUUUGUUGCAAUAGUAACAAGAAAGCUAAAAGAAAGGAAAAUAAUAGUCAAUAACCUAUUAAGGAAUAGACAGUAUAGCCAAAAUAUUAAAUUCGUACAUCUCUUGAUCAAGAUUAACAUUCUACCAAUUUAACAAAUUUUGAAGGCACAACUGAUAGGAUGAACUUUAGUUCCUAAGAUUUCGAGAGAUUUAUUUUAGAUGAUAAAAAAACCUUAGAAUAAGAACGUGAACUUGUUAUGAGAUUGCUAGAAAUGCCAGAGAAAACACAUUUGAUUGAAUUUAAUUGGGCUUAUUCUUAUACAAAUUAUAUAAAGGAUGAACGCAUUAAUCCAGGAGAAAUCGCUAAUAAAAUAUUAGUUGAUAAGAUAAGGAACAAAGAAGAAUUGAUUUCUGAUAAAGAUUAUGUUUUGGUAAAUGAUUAAGUUUGGAAUAUGUUGGUUCAUAUUUAUAAAGGUGGUCCUAUGAUUACUAUACAUGAUCUUGAAAGAAAAAGUGAUAAUAAUAUCUUAAAUUAAUCAUUGAGAGUUUUUGCUUCACCAUCUAUGAUAGAUCUAGAUAAGAAAUAAUUUUAAUUUAGAUUAUUAAAUCAAUUACCUACUAAAGAAAUUUAGAUUGUUGGAUUAGAAAAUGAAAGUUAUUUUUGUUAUCUCAACAGUGUUCUCUAAUGUUUAAUGGGUAUUCCUUAACUAAAUCAUUACUUUUUAUAUUCUUACAAUUAAGAUAUUAAGCUUUUUACUUAAGCAUAUACAAUCUUAUUAAGAAAAGUUAAUAAAUUAUAUUACAAAGCAAGAAUACUACCAAAAGAAUUGAUUAAAAUUUUAUAAAAAAAUUUCUCAAUUUAUGAAAUGCAUGAUAGUUCCGAACUCUUGCUUUUUAUUCUUGAUAAAUUUAGAGAAGAAACUACUCUCUACAAUUAGUUAGAUUAUACAUUUAUUGAUGAAUUAUUUAGAGGUCAAAUUACAUCCUUUAUAAAAUGUCCAAUUUGUACCAAUAUUAAUACACAUCAAGAAAUUUUUUAUGAUUUAAGUCUACCAUUAAUUAGUAAAAACUUUAUACAAAAAAAACUUACUAUUAAUGAAUGUCUUACUAAUUAUUUUAAAGAAGAAAUUAUUGAUGGAGGAUGGACAUGUUCUUAAUGUAAUAAAUUAUCCAAAAACAUUAAAAGGUGUAUUAAAAUUACAAAUGCUCCAAACAUUCUUAUUUUACAACUUAAAAGAUUUCAAAGCUAUCCACUUAAAAAGAAAAUUAAAGAACCUGUAAUUACUGCUACAGAAAUCAAUAUUGGAAAGUAUUUAUUUAAAAUUAAUAUAAAAAAGUUGUUGUGCUACAGAUAUUUUAGAUGUAAAAUAUGAAUUAUAAGCAAUGAUUGUACAUUCAGGAACAAUUGAUUAAGGACAUUAUGUUGCAGUUGUGAAACGACAUUAAUAAGUAAUCCUAUUAUAAAUACUAGUUUUUUUUAUUUAAUGAUGAUGAAAUUGAAAGACUUUCAUAUGAUCAAAUCUCUCGUAUUGAUUCUGCUUACCUUCUUAUUUAUCAAAGAAAAAUAUGA